GGUUUAUUUUUUAGAUUUAUAUUGUCACUCCUCCUUCAGCAAAUAUACAUCACUCCAGUCCGUGCCGAUGUCCAAUUUUCCUGGCCCAUAACUGAAGCGUUGGUAGUCGUAAAGUUUACUAGCAUGUGUGGCUUCCUGGCUUCCUCCGUGUCUGAAGACGCUCAUGAGCAUGUCCCAAACACAAAUGGCAAAUGUGGCAGAGAGCCUUUUAUUUUGAAGGUGACAGCAGGAAAACGUGCAUUUGCUCCUUCUCUCCUCCGCUUGACUGCAGCAGCUGAGUGGCCGGGGCUGGUCAGUGUUGACAGUGGAGCGGCAGGAGACCCUCCUCUGCUCGGAUCAUGCAAGCAUGGGGAUAUUUGGCGGAAAAGGCAGUUUGACAGCUCUCUCAAAGCAAAGAAACAUGUGGAGGACCCUCACCCUCUCACUGAUAGUUGCUCUGGCAUUGGGCACAGAGGGGCAUUAUCAGCGGGCGGCAGAUCAAAAUGUCUCCGGACUGACGCUUAUAAACCUAUCGGAGCAGCGGAACAUUUAUCAUAGCACUGAGGUGUCCCGGUCUGAGGAUGUGGGGUCCAUGCUGGCUGUCAACGGAGGAGCGGAGGAGCAAGAGGAGAAUUUCAAUGACAUUUCCAAUGGACUCGGAACCUCCCGCCUACAGAUCCUGGCUGCUCAGUUUGAGUGCUACCUGAAGAUAAUCCAUGAUCCGCCGUUUACAGAAGAAGGUUCGUACUGUAACCGUACGUGGGACGGCUGGCUGUGCUGGGGGGAUUCAGGUCCAGGGACUGUUAUGCAGAUGUGUCCUGGAUACUUUACUGACUUUGACCCUGCUGAGAAGGUUACCAAAGUGUGUAAUUCUGAUGGCCAGUGGUUCCACCAUCCAGAGAGCAACAGAGUCUGGACUAACUACACCCAGUGUCAGUUCUACACCAAGGACAAACUCAAGUUUGCGAUCAGUCUUUACUACCUGGCCAUGGUGGGUCACGUCCUGUCCAUUGUGUCCCUGAUCAUCUGUCUGAUCAUCUUCUCCUACUUCAAGAGUCUGAGUUGCCAGAGAAUCUCCCUCCACAAGAACAUGUUUCUCUCCUUUAUCUUCAACUCCAUUAUUACCAUAAUGUGGCUCUCACUUGUGGCCAAUAACCAAGCAAACCACGCCAGCAACGAAGUGAGCUGUAAGAUCCUGGCUGUCCUGGUUCACUAUACGUCUACUUCCAAUUACUUCUGGAUGCUGUGUGAAGGCAUCUACCUCCAUACACUAAUCAUAGUGGCCGUCUUUGUUGGGGAACAGCAGCUCUUCUGGUACCACGUCUUGGGAUGGGGUUUUCCCAUUGUUCCUGCUGUCAUAUACGCUGUGGCUCGCGGCCUCUACUUCAACGACAAGUGUUGGAUCAGCUCAGAGACACACCUGCUGUAUAUCAUCCAUGGGCCCGUUCAAGCUGCACUGCUUGUGAACUUUUUCUUCCUCCUGAACAUCGUCCGGGUCCUGAUCACCAAGCUGAAAGAAACCCACUGCGCCGAGAGCACGGCCUACAUGAAGGCGGUGAGAGCCACCCUCAUCCUCGUCCCUCUGCUGGGAGUCCAAUACAUCAUAUUCCCCUGGAGGCCAGACGGACGCAUCAGCCGGGCCAUCUAUGAUUUCUUUAAUCACAUCUUCAGCCACUUCCAGGGACUCCUGGUGGCGAUUAUAUUCUGUUUCUGCAAUGCUGAGGCCCAGACAGCGCUGCGGAGGAAGUGGGUUCAGUGGAAGUCCGCCUGGGGUAAAACCGGCUGGGGAAACACACCCAUCACCAACAGCCACUUCAACUACCACAGCUCCUCCAUCACCGAAACCAGCCGCGCCACCAUCAACUUGGAGGCGCCCGUUCCUGCACCUCCCGGACACGGCGAAAACUUCCUGUCCAACGGUGGGCAGAAGAACAACAAGACGUGCAGCAACGGGGACGCCGACGUGUUCAGCAAGCUGGAGACCACUGACAUCUGACUGGAGCAAGCCGAGAGGUGACGGUUGUGGUACCAAAAGCAAACACGCUCACUUGUAUGUGUAGACACAGAAAGGGCAACACAGAGAUUGCAGGUGAAUCUUCAACAUAAAGGUUUUGUGAUUGUACAAAAGUUCUGCAAAGCACUUAAAAAAAAAAAAAAAAAAAAAACAUGUGGUGCUCACACACACACACACACACACGUUUUUACAGUAAGUAAAACUUUUCCAAAAAAUCUAAAAAUCAUUUAUAUCAUGGUGUCAUGAAGUCCACUUGUGUGUUUCUGUAUUGUUGUUCUGGUUUUUAUGAUGUAUUUCCUAUCAGAGCGGAGAGAAAGGGGCAAACCUGCGACUUCUGAUAUCACAAAUGCAGAGUUGCGUUUGUGUAAUCUUGCCUUAUGAAGCCUCUGCAUGCUUAACCAGUGCUCCACUGUGACCAAUAAACGUCAUAGCCCACUGAUGUGAUCUAAAUGCUCUUUUACAUGCUUUUAUCUAAGACAGAUAAUAGAAUCUUCACUGGCCUGCAGAAAGCCAAUAUCCCCAUUGAGUCUUUUUUUUUUUCAGAAAAUCCAGUCUCUUGUGUUAACAUGGUAGACAACAAAAGCAACACACAAUCAUUGUUCAAGAGUUCCUGUGUACAUGUAAGAAAAAUAAUAAUUUUAUUAACUUUUUUUUUUAAAUGCAUUUUGGUCUUGUCUGCCUUACACAGGUAAAAAACAUAACUAGGCCUAUAUGUUUGACAGAAUCUGAGGAAAGACCUAAAAAUCUGACUUGUAUAUUAGCAUAUAGAAAACCUCUUACGUACUAAUACAGGGUGUAAUCGAAACACUGAGCUAAAAUCCAAAUUGUAGUAACUGCCUUCAGGUGGCGUAUUGCCAGGGUUUCUAGUAGGAAUGUUGUCAUCACACUUACUGCAAUUUCUGUCACAGCCAGCCAAAACAUCAGCUAAAGCAACACGGUCGCUAAAGCAAGUCAGCUAAAGCAAGUUGUUAGCUACAGCAGUAUAAGCAAAAUAAGCUAAAACAAAGCAGUUAACACGCCUGUGGUUAUAUCAAGUUAAAGCUAAUGAAUAAUCACAGCUAGCUUCAGCUAAAGCUAAACCUGCAUUUAUUUAGGCCUGCUGAUUUCCUAUCCAUUACGUGUAUUUGGAAUCUAUCUACUUUAAUGACAUCUAGUAAUUCAGUAAUUGUUCUUCCAUAAAAAUAAAUGAGACAGUGGGUGAAGAAAAAAGCCGCAAACAUUACCAAGCUAAAAAUCCUGCUAACAGUAAAGCAGCACAGUAGCAGUCGGGUCUCUUUUUGACCCUAGCCUCGCGAAAUUCGUAUCGUUUUUGCUGUGGUCAAAUCAAAUGUAAAAUCAUUAAAUUGUAAAGCACUACACAUUUCAGUAUAAGGUGGACAGAUAUACAUUUAUGCUGAUGUGUAACUGGAUUUUCUUAAACGAACUAGUUAAAAUGGGCAAGAGGGCUACCCAAAAAGAACCUCUGCGUUUUGUGAAGAUUGGCUUUAAGUAGUGUUUGCAGCUACACUAUACAUUUUAAAAGUUGACUCCACCUUAGAAUUAAGUCAGGAAACCUCAGAAUUACCACGUAAUCUAGACUAUUAUGUGCAAGUUCUACAAGCUAAAAAGUUUUAACAACUUAAACUAUUGUGGUCGACUUUAGUUUGUCACCUUGAAUUCCUUCAAUAUCUUUCCUCGGUCAGGUCACUUUGUCUCAGGAUCUAUGAUAAUGUUUGCGGGGGAGUAAAACAGAGACUAUAAAGGCAGAAAAUGAUGGCAUUACAGCUUUUACAUCAAUUAUUGCCAUCCAACCUGUGAACUUUAAACCUUUUUGCCAACUUCAGUUUUUUUGUAGUUCAUUGGAUUUGCCUUUGUAGGGCAGUAACGUUAGAAUAAGAAUCUUUUCCAAAUGUUUUUUUGGACACUAAACUGAGGAAACCCUUUAUGCCCCCAUUAUUGCUGUAAAAUGAACAUUGACGGUUGCUAUAUGUAUUCCUAAAUGAACCUUUAGUUUGACAAAGUCGUUAUAAUUGAGGCCGACAUUUGUGGCAAUUGAAAGACCUUGCUGAGUGUGGAACUGACUACGUUUGAAGGGGCUGUUCAUGGCUGAUAUCAGCUCAUGCAGCCUGGUAAGAGACAAAACUGUGGAGAUCUGUAUGCGAGUAAAUUUCUCCCCGAGUGCAACAGGCUGCCUGCCCGACAGCUAAAGAUGUGUUUAAGUACUCUACCCCAUAUGUUGAGCCUCACCUGAUUUAAACCCAUUUACCUCCAGGACUAAAUUAUGGGCUGAAACAUUAUGGGUUACAAACUGACCUACAUUGAAAAUGGGAGCAGAGUUUUGAGUACAGGAGAAUCACUGGUGCAGAGAUAAUCGAGCUGUGGGGUGCUGCAAUCAUUUCACCCCUGCUGAUUCUCCUCACUCACUCCAUUAAAAACACAGCGUCGGGGUGUAUUUUGUAGUACAGUAAAAAAAAACACCAUGGUGUGUAUCACAAAUAGACUAUCCAGCUUUGUUACAAUUGAUGGGGGUGGGGUUGGGGGAUCUAACUAUUUCAUUUCCUACAAUCCUUAGUUUUUAUCAUGACAUUCAUUGUAUUGUAAUACAUCCGAUGAAAACAACAAAACAUGACAUUGUGCUCCAUGUCUAGAAUUCCAUUUUGAAAUGUUUCUGUGCCAAAAAUGUAGCUUUUUACAGACAAAACCACACUUUGCAAGUUAGUGUGUAAAAUGUUGGCAACACAUUUUUUGCCCAUCUCUUCCCUUCAGUCAGCAUGAGAAGAAGAUCAUUUCAAAGAUGUGUGAUGUCUUUUGUGAUUACAGUGUCCAGAUGCUUUGUCAUAUUCUGUGUUACUGUUGUUUUGAUCCUUAACAUAGACUGUUUCCCUGUUUUUAUUAUUGUUACAAUAUGCUUUUUUCAAAUACAACAAUGCACAAUCACUGCCCCUUGAUGGAGAUGUAACUAUUGCACAUGUACCAUGCUGUACGUACACUGGCACCCUUUGAAUUUGGAAGGCUGAGCAAGCCUUGUGCUCAAAGGUUACACAGUAGCACAUUUAUUUGGCGUUCUCUCCAAGCACAUUGCACUGGGAACACAGAUGUUCCGGUGUGGAUACAAGCAGGGUACACUGACCCAACAAAACAAUGUUGUGGUAAGAAAAGAGCCGAGUAUGAGAAAGUUCUGUUAAAAGGCCUGUAGGUUGUCUCUCAAUUCAUUCUGCACAGGGAUCCUACCCUUCACAGUGCUGCCCAGUAGAGAAAAAAAAAGCUGUCAUGGUCAUAUUUGUAGAGAAAUUUGACAAACAUUCCAAUGAAAGCUCAAAAGAAAUGUUCGAUUUAAGAAUAUGAUUGUAUAUAUAUUUUUAACACUGCCUUUUAUGCGUGGAAAUAAAGUUGUUUGAACAUAAACCCUG